UGUCAACGAGAAAAUGAGAAAAAAUUAGAAUGAAAGUAAAAACGCAGGAAGACGACGGAAAAUUGUGAAAAAGUGCAAAAAGUUCUUCUUACAAAUAGCGGUGGACUGGGCAAUUACAAUAAAUUAAAUAAAUGCAUUGAAAACGGAAACUUUUACGUCAUAUGCAUAUGCAACUAUCGAAAUUUGUCGUGUGGCCGAUUACGAAGUUACGGGAAUGAAAAUGCAUCCAGUGUGAAAAGCGAAACGAAAAAGAAAAUUCCUCCCAACAACAAAUGCAGCAGUGGCAAAGCAGCGCUAUCGGCCGCGCCCCCAAGCCCACUUGCUGCUAGCAGGAAUAGCUGUGGUGGUCAUAGUGUUUUUCUCGCGUAUCAGUGCGUUGAAAAAUCCAAAUAAAAUUCUUAAAUCAAGCGAAAACAAGGAAUUAUAAGUGUUCCGAUAAACGCAACAACAACAACAACAAAUAGAACGUGCAAGUGUAUUAACAUUCCUUCAUAUUAAUUCUUUUGGGGGGGUUGGGCGAACAAACGGUUAGGGGGAAGAAGGUGUCGCAGUGGCAGUGACAACGAAUGUUGGUAUGUAGAGCACACAUCUUGCGUCAGCCAUCAGUGUUGUCGACCAAUAUUACAGUCAGCAAGCAAGUUGCAAAUAAACAAUAGAUACGGAGUAAUGGCCGCACAACUCGAUCCGAAUGUCAAGGACGACUUAAAGACUCAAUUUGUGACGCGCGAGGGCACCUACCGGCUGCUCACGCUAUCGGAGUACUCGCGUCCAAAUCGCGUUGGCUACACCAGCAAUCAGAGCUCGCCGCAAGUACGUGUUUCUAUUGUGUCGCUGCCCAAUAAUACCGCUUGUCAAAAUGUGGCAAGUGGCAAUGGCAGUGGUGGAAGCAAUGCUGCUGGCGGCCCUGUGAACGGCAAUGCAAAUAAUACAACUACGAACAACACGAAAGGAAGCGGUGAUGGUUCUACCAAUGGAAGUAAUGCCUCUGGCUCUGGCUCGUUAGUUAAUGGACAACAACAAUUGGCUUAUAGUGUGCCAGUCGCAAUGGAUGCGCGACUCGGUGCAGGCAUAUCAAUGCACACAAUGAUCAAUGGCGGUUCGGAUGGCCAAAAUGGCUUGGCAAGCCAGAUUUAUGGAGGCGAUCGUAUUUGCUUUAACUUCGGCAGGGAAUUGUACGUGUAUGCUUUUAGAGGUGUGAAAAAGGGCGCAGAAAUGACAAAACCGAUUGACAAGAAAUUCUACAAAGGCACUAAUCCAAGUUGCCACGACUUCAAUGCGACAUCAGCCACUCCAACUGGUGCGCCGCUACUCGUAGGUUUCACCACAGGGCAAAUUCAGCUCGUCUCACCACAGCUAGGACCUCGCGAACUACGGAAGCUAUACAAUGAAGAACGGCUCAUUGAUAAGACCAAAGUGACAUGUUUAAAAUGGUUGCCGAAUUCACCGAACUUAUUUCUGGCAUCGCACGCUUCGGGCAAUCUGUAUUUAUACAACGAGGACCUCCCCUGCACGCCGACUGCGCCCAACUAUCAGCCCUUCAAGAUGGGCGAUGGCUACACAAUACUCACCUGCAAAUCCAAAUCGACGCGUAAUCCCCUCUAUAAGUGGAUAUUCAACACAGAGAAUUGUUGCAUUAACGAGUUUUGCUUUUCGCCAUGCGGCUCCAAUUUGGCUAUCGUAUCGCAGGAUGGUUUUCUGCGUGUUUUUCACUACGACACCAUGGAGCUGCUUGGCAUUGCGCGUUCCUACUUUGGCGGCUUUUUAUGUGUCUGUUGGUCGCCAGAUGGUAAAUACAUUGUGGUGGGCGGUGAAGAUGACCUGGUGACGGUGUGGUCGUUGCACGAGCGUCGUGUGGUAGCACGCGGACAAGGUCAUCGGUCGUGGGUGUCUGUGGUGGCAUUCGAUCCCUACACCACAUCGUAUACCAACUGGGAUGGUGGUGACUUUUCAGACGACGAAAAUCAAAUGAAUGAAUAUGGCGUUGGACGUGAGGCACGUUUCUCUGCCGAUUCAACUGGCAAUGGAUUUGACUUCCCCAUAGGUGCGAGCGGUGUUGCGCAUGAUAAAAAUUCUACACCAAAUCAUUCCCGACAACGGCCUCAUUCAGCAUCCUUUCGUUCAGACGCGUCGUCAUCGGCGGCGUUAGCACCGGAUAAACUGGCCAUUAGUUACCGUCUUGGUUCGGUCAGUCAGGAUACACAGAUUUGCCUGUGGGACAUAACGGAAGAUGUGCUGCGUCAUCCAUUGUCGCUGCGUCAGCGAGUCAAUAGCGUAAAUUUGAAUGACACUAGUUAUAUGAACGGCGGUAUAGAUGCGGACGGCAUCAAAGUGAUACGGCCAAUAGCCAUAGGUAAUAUAUCGGGCACAUUUCCGCCAUCACAGCAUGCCAGCAGUCCAACGAAAGAAACUGUAGGUCCUGAGAACAAUAGCAACAGCAGCUCAAGUAAAUUCUCAACAGCGAACUGCACCAUAUCAUCACAAUCGUCGAAUGCCAACACACCACCGGAUGAGGCAGGUCCAGCCGGCACCGGCGCCAAUGCGAAUAGCAACAGCAGCAAAGCGAACAACUCAAAUAAGGCGAACGCAACAGGUAAUUCUAUAAAAUUUCCCAACUGCAUUAGUGCCACCAAAUCGGACUCAAUUGAAGGCAACACCAAGGGCAGCGCAUCGACCUUCUCCACGUCCGGCUACAACAGCAAGAACUCAAACAGUUCCACCAAGUCUUCAGACUCGAGCGUAUCCGCGUUCAACAGUCUCACGCAGCGCUUAUCGAAUUUCAGUUUUCUGAGCAAUUCCGAAAAGAAGACCACCUCAAUCUCCGGUUCCUUCGAUGCAUCGCAAAUUGCGGCGACGCAUCGCACCCAUCGCAAGGGCAUGAGCCUGCUCAAGUCCAACAACCAAACCAACAGUAAUCAUAACCACCAACCAUACGGUGCGGCUAGCAGCAGCACGUCAACCGGCGGCGCCACGGAUCUCUGUAGCAGCGGGGGCGGUAGCGCAAUUGUGGGCAAUAGCAGCAGCACAACAGCGCAUAGCUUCGGCUCACUUAAACUGGGUAAAUCAACGACACAUUCACACAGCUCAUCGCUGAGUGCAGCCUCAAAUGCGGUGGUGACGUCCUACGAUCCCAUGAAAUUGAUCGGCACACCUUCGUGUCCGCGUUUCGAUGAAUGCCCAUUACUAGAGCCACUUAUAUGCAAGAAAAUCGCGCACGAACGACUCUCGGCUCUGAUAUUUCGAGAAGAUUGUUUUCUAACAGCGUGCCAGGAUGGCUUCGUCUACACAUGGGCGCGACCCGGUUAUGCCACCCAAAAUAUACCACAGCAUUUAUCGCCAAGUCAAGCGGCGCCUCCAGGUGGCACGGUAAUAUAGUUCGAUAAAAUAAAUAUAAACAACUACGAACAGAAUCGGAUGAAAUGCAUCGGCCGCAGAUCGUUGGAAACGCCGGAAUAAAUUUUCAUAAUAAAUCGAAAAGCUGCGUAUACAACAAAUUGAUCAGUGGGUAAAUAGAAGCUGGUGCAGUAAAUGAGUGAAAUGAAUGCAGCAAAAUUACACUUGCGACACACAUAAACAAAAUUCAUAUGAACAGAUAAAAGAGAAAAAACAUAAACAAAAACAAAA